AUCUCACUUGCGUACCGACCUGAAUCCGACGCACAGCCUCAUUCGAAGCACGGCGCACCUCCGUCGCCACUCGUGCGGCACGCUCAAAUUGCUUCACGCUGCAGUACAAGACGGGUGUCACGCUUCGAUCUGCGCCAAAAAGUGCGCAAAGGCUCGUCGUGACAGAGCGCGACAAGUGCGCAACGGCGUCAAUCGGAUUUCACGCAGUCAGACGACCAUCCCACGACUGGCACAGGGCGUCAUCUCGAUCUAGCUAGUGCUCCGGCAUCAUGUCCUGCAUUAGACCUGCCACACCAGGCACGAUCUGCGUGCUGGGAGCAACCAUACUAUUGGUACUCUGCUCCAUCAGCGUACCUGUGAACCAGAAGUUCUACUUUCUCUCUGCCGAUAUCAAUGCGACAAUCUCUGGUCUCUCUGUCGACGGACUCGUGAGGCUCGGCGUUUGGGGUCACUGCGCAGAUGUAGCUGGCGAGAACAAGUGCACGCCCGCCACACUGGGCUACAACUUUGAUGCAAACGCAUUGCUUGGCAUCUCGCGCAGCUUAGUCAAUCUGCCGUCGGCAAGUAUCAAGCCAUUCACCUAUGUCCUCAUUCUCCAUCCUAUCGCUGCCGGCCUCGCCGGUCUGACCUUCAUCUUUGGUCUCCUAGCUCACAUCCGUGAAUUCGCCAUCGUACGUUUCACGACCUGCCUUGCCUCACUCGCAACGACGGUCUCUCUCCUCGCGUUCAUAUUCGACAUCAUCGCCUUCUCGAUUGCCAAGUCGCGUAUCAACGCAAGUGCGACAGCGGAUGCGUCACCUAAUGCGACGCUAGGCAACGCAGUCUGGAUGACGCUGGCUGGUUUUGUCUUGCUCCUGCUAUCUGGCUGCUUGCUAGGAGUCGGCCAGUGCUGCUUCAGAAGUCGACCAUCGCACGAGGAAAGGGAUCGAAUGAAGCCCCUACCCGACCCCGCCUACCGGAGGGACGCAGAGAAGGCCCGUUACCCUCGCGAGACAGGCCUGCCCGUCUUUGCAGCAGGCGAGGUAGUACCCCUCAAUUCUCUAGACCAUACCGAUGCGCGUAACAAGUCACAUCCCGAGCGGAUAGAUGGCGUAGGCUAUGGCGAAGCGAGAUACGAGGAUGCCUAUCCCAACACGUAUGCCGGCAUAGGCACACCAAGGCGGCAUGACUCUGAUCUGACGCAUAGCUCGUCGCUCCCUACACAUGGCCGAUCGCCCUACGAGCCAGAAGCGCCGGUGCAAGGGUAUGAGAGCUAUGCUGCUCGAGCGACAAGGGCGGAUGAGAAUCCAUUCGAUCCUCCCGCCCAUCAGACACAGGGGUCUUAUUACCCUGACGAAGCGUACCUCUCGCCAACAGCGCAGAGAUCAGGUUAUGGAUCUCCUGUCGACCCAAGACAGCCUUAUUCACACGAGACCUAUCCGCCACAAUCUCACCCGCAAGAGGCAGCAUAUGGCGGGCAAGAAGAUCCGUACGAGCAGCCUGCAUCUUAUCGUCACGGGCAGGCAAGCUACGGACACGCGCAAGGGUACAAUUAUGGCCAGUCGGAUCCGUACGAAGCGCAAUAUGGACAACCGGCAUACGAACAGCCUCAGUACGGUUCUUCGACGGGCCACGCAGCACCGCAUGCAUACAGCAGGUAUUGAGAAUCGCCGAGACGAUGACCGACGUCGAAGCAAAAACUGUGCAGAGCCAUAUCGUGUUGUACCCUUGCUGUUGCUUAUCUGUACAUCUCUUGCUUCCUGGGCUCAGGCGUGCCUAUAGUUCUUGAAGCCGCCCCAGUUGAGGAUGACAAAGACGAGACCGACGGGGACGAGCAGGGGAACAAGGUACUUGUAGUGCUCGUCCAGGCCGACAGCAUCAAAGAUCGGGUUGCCUGUGUUCGUGUUUGACGAACUGAACAGCACAGCAUACAGGCCGAGUACGAAUGACAAGCCCGAGCCAGCAAUAAAGGCAUAACCCGUCAGGAUCAUCGAAGUGCCUGAAGGAUCAGCAUCUUGUUGUGGCCGACGCGAGAUGCGAGGCGAGGGCGACCAUGAAGA